CACGAAUAUGCGUGUACGUUUAUGGUCCCAUCUUGUCAACGAGCAAACUACUUAAUGCCUGGACUUGGCCAUACAGCCGCUUUGCUACCAGCUUGGCAUGGAUAAUAAUUACCAGAAAACAAAAGCCUACGCAGUAUGUACGCAAGGACACCCGGCGAAACAGGGCGAAGGAGCAGUAGCGUAUAGUGAAUAGCAUAGAUUGGAGGUCGGGCAAAAGCGACAAAGCGGAUGGAGGGCAGCGUUGAAGUCAGUGUCAAGCAACGAACCCUACCGGACUAUUCCAAGAGGAUUGCGGAACGUUCACCAUCAUCCAGAGUUCGUGAGGGUCCGGACCUUACUAGCAUUCUCGCAGAUGCGUCCUCGGUCGACGAGUCUCCUCGGCCGUCAUAUCAGACCCUUUUCCCUCCUGACGCCUCCUCAUCGCCUGGCGGCAUCCCUCACAACGCCUCCAUGUCCACCACCACAGCCUUCCAAACCUCAGACCCACCGCCCUCAUCACCACUUAGCCCCGCCCAUCUGCCGUCAACAACAGCACAACAAGCAGCCAGUCCCCCAGGAUUCCUGGGCGAACCGCCCUCGUCGCCAUCUCCAACAACCUCCAUGGCUCACCCAUUCCCACCACCCGCCAACCCACUAAUCCUAUCUACCACAUCGCCGCCACUGUCCCCAGCGCCACCCCAACCGCAACCAUACGACUCCCCUCAGCGGCAGGUACGGCAGCAGGGGCCGCCGCAGCAGCUGCAGCAGCAGGGGCAGCAGCUCUGGCGUAUGCUCUCCCACCAGGGCUCCCGACAGCAGCGCCAACCACCACCACAACAGCAACAACAACUGCCGCCGCAUCAGCCUGCUCCCGCCACCACCAACAACAGCAGCGCCAGCACAACCUCCCCCUGCGCACCCGCACCCUCACCCUCCCAAUCCAACCUCCCCUCCUCCCACCGCCACCGCCGCCACCAUCGUCACCGACACCGACCAACACAGCAAACCCCCGCACCCGCACCCGCACCACCGCCCUGCACUCCACUGCCCUCCCCGCCUCGCGCCGCCACUGCUACCGCUGCCACUGCUGCGGGUCGUGCGGCGGGGGUGGCGGCCCGCUGGCCGGGUGCUCGCCUGCUGCGGGGGGGCGAUGGGGC